AAAAUGAAGCCGAUGAAUACAUUUCAUGUCAGUCAGGAUGGUCAUGACAGUAGUUACGAGAGAGUUCAUUCGAAUGUAAACAAAUCAUUAUUCGAGUCACCAAAAAUUGCGAUGCUGUUGUAGCGAUCGAACUAUUUGCGAAACGAAAGUAGCUGCCACUAUAUCAUCUAUUUAUUGGGCUAGUGCUUGGAAAAUUUUAAAUUAUGGCAUCGAUGGAUCUCAAAACAGAACCAUUGGAAGAACCGAUGGGUUACUUGAGUUUGCACCAAGUGUGUCGUCUCUGCCUAAGCGAAGAGUGCCUUGUCGACGUAUUUGAGGAAGAGUUUUUGAAUCAAUGGGUAGUUGACUUUCUCUCGAUAACGAUAUCAAAGGAAGACCGUAUGAGCAUAUUCGUAUGCGCUAUUUGUCGCAUACGAUUAACAGAAUUCCAUCAGUUCCGCAUACGAUGUCAGGAAGUACAAGAUGUUUUGAAGUCCAUGAUUCAAAGCAGAUUCAACGAUGAUAUUGAAAAUGCUGAGCAGGAAAGGUGUGAUUCUCCAAUACAGUGCAAAAUAUGUUCCAAGUUCUUCAAUACAAAGCAACAGCUCUAUGCGCAUAAAAGAAUACACGGAGUUAGAAAACAUAAGUGCACAUACUGUGAAAAAGCGUUUGCGAUACGGCAACAUUUCGAUAAGCAUAUGAAAACUCAUGCCAAACCUAUGAAUAACAUUCAAAAUACAACUACCCCAAAUGAAAUGAGUAUGGUUGGUCUAUCUCUGGAUAUAAAAACUGAACCUUAUGAAGAAAGCGUUCCUCUAACCGCAGAGCAGGAAGAUGUGAAGAAAUUGGAAACGAUAACGACAGACUGCCAACUGAUAGAAAGUAGAACGUCUGUCACGAUUGAAGAUGCCCAAAAUAGAAUGCAUAUAGGGAUAAAUAAAGAGCAAACGAUUGACACGGUUGUUGGUCUAUCACUGGAUAUAAAGACUGAACAUUAUGAAGAAAGUGCUUCUUCAAUCGCUGAGCAGGAAGAGGCGAACAAAUUGAAAACUAUUACGACCAAUUGCAAACCGAUGGAGAGUAGAACGUCUGUUUUGAAUAAAGAUGUCCAAUAUACACAGCAUAUUGAACUACAUAGAGAGCACAAUCAGUUAAUCCCAUGCAGCAUCUGCCACAAACCAUUGCAAUCGAAACAAGCGCUAUGGCAUCACAAACGGAAAGUACAUGGACCAAAAAAUUUUGAAUGUGCAAUAUGCAACGUUGGAUUCCCUUUUCUUAAUAAUUUGAAAGCGCAUAUGAGUACAAAUACUCAUAAAAACAGGAUAAAGCUGCAAGGAGAAGAUUGUGUAAUAUUGAACAAGGGCGAUCCGCGUGACAAGGAGCAAGAUAAAAAUAACGAGAAAAAACACGAAUGCCCUGAUUGCAAUCGCAAAUUUGAACAGAAAUCCCAAUUGGAAAGACACAUUAAAACUCACAAAUCGGGAAAAUAUCGAGAAUGUGAUAUUUGUUCUAAAUUAUUUGCCAAUGGGAGAAAAUUGUGGCUGCACAAAAAAUAUCACGGACCAAAAAAUUAUUCCUGUCCUAUUUGUGAAAGGCCUUUUACAGAUCCAUCCAUGUUGAGAAAGCAUAUUCCUACCCACGAACCGAACCGUGUACCCCAACGGGCAAAACAAGUGACGUUGGGAAGAAAUGAAACAGGCCCCUACAAGUGCGACAUAUGCCACAAAGGAUUCCGAAUAAAAUAUGCUGUGAAUGUACACAAAAAGCGAGUACACGGACCGAAAAAGCACAAGUGUCACAUGUGCGAGCACACAUUUGCAACACGCGCUAGUAUGCUACAGCAUAUACGAAGAGAGUAUCGAAAAAACGAUAGAGGAUUGCAAUCACUACAUACGACUCAACGGAUAGAAUCACCAAGGGACGAAACAAUCGAAACAACCAUUGACAGUAUUGCUGUGCUGCAGCAGAAGCCGGACUUGCCACCAACGGACCCAAUACAAGAAAGCGUUAUGAUGAAAGCGGUGGAAGAAAACGAAUGUCCAUCUUCGAAGUCAAUCAAAGUUGAACCGAAAGAAAGCUUGCAUCUAGUAUGUAGACUCUGCUUGAGUGAAGAGUCCCUAGACGAUGUGUUUAAAGCAGCAGAUUUAAAUAAAUGGAUAUCGGACUUACUAUCAAUAAUGAUAACUACGGAGGAUCGUAUGAGCCAAUCUAUUUGCGAAAUUUGUCGGAUACGCCUAACAGAAUUUCAUAAAUUUCGGAUAAACUGUCAGGAUGUCCAAAAUGUGCUCAAAUCCAUGAUUCAGACGAAUGACAUCGAUCGCAGAAAAUCAUGGCCCCAGAACGAUCAGCAAGACCAUGAAAAGGAGGAUGCGGUUAUCAGUUUUCACGCAGGUGAAGAACCCACUCGAGAAGAGAAUAUGAUUGACAUAGAAGAGGUGAAGAUUGAAACUGGUUCAGAUGAUAAACUUGAACGAUCUUCCAAAACACCAGUCAAACCAACAUCAACUAUGAAUGGAUUUACUAGAAAUGCGAUUGAAUUUAUGCGAAAACCAGUUGGUCGGAUAAUUCGACAAAACAUUAAAAAUAAAACACGCCAACCUGUUGAAUGUAACAUAUGCCAGAAGGUUUUAAAAUCCAGGCGACAUUUUUGGCAACACAACAAGCAAACACAUGCGCCAAAAACACAUUUUUGCCAUAUAUGUGGAAAUGGAUUUCCUUUCCGAAGCAACUUGGUACAACAUUUGCAAAGUAGGAAACACUCAGAAGAACCGCAACAACUGCUCUCAGAAAUUGAUAAUAAGCUAAAUGAAGGGGUAGAAGGAAACAGUCGCGAUACUAAAAACCAACAUCCCUCGGAUUGCAGUAUAAAUACUUCCACUGCGAAAGGUUCAACCGACGAGGAGCCUAAAAAACACUCAUGCAAUAUAUGUCACAAAAUAUUUCCAUCUGUGAAGCAACUAAAAAACCAUAGAAGAUACCAUAAAGCAAAAACCCAAGUGUGCUCUAUAUGCGAGAAACCAUUCGCGAAUAGGUUUACAUUGCAAAGGCAUACGCUAAUUCAUGAAUCUGUCGAUAGUCGCCAGAGAGCAAGGAUGCUGCCAGAACGAUUCCAGUGCGAUGUAUGUCAAAUGGUGUUCAUACGGCAAGCUACUAUGAUGGCGCACAUUCAAGAAAAACACCAUUCAACGAUUUACCCUUGCCAGAUUUGCAGUGCGAAAUUUCGCACGCGAGCCCUUCUAAAUGACCAUUUAAAGGAGAAAGGUCAUGAAAACGAGUCAUCUUAAGAUUUUUAGGAGUGUAUCAUACAAGGGAAGAAUAUCUAGAAUUUACUAAAUAUAUUAAUAAUUUCCAUAAAUAGUAUUUAACAUAGAAUAAACUGCCGUGAAUCGCAUAU